UGUAAAGAAGCGUCACAAUUAUUUGAGCACUGGGUCAAGCCAGCUGUGGUUGGUCCAUCUUAGAUUUUUAGAUCUAAAACUUUGGUUAAAGUCGUUUCAGAAUGACAUCGACUAUCUCCAAAUUAAUAAUCAAGACCCUCUGUGACAACCACGGAUGUUUGGAUUUCAAGUCGCUGAAUGCGAAACUCGCACAAAGUCCGGUUGCUAAAGCAGAUCUGCGCUCUGCUCUUUUCGACGAUGGCAAAAUAGUCAUCCGAGAGGGCGAGAAGAAGGCCGGGAGCGGGCAGAUAAUCGGGCCAGAUAGUCUGGUAGUGGCUAAAACUGAUCUGAGACUGUGUCAGAAAAAAGCCGGAGACUGUAUGCAGUGCGAUCAGCUACAUUUGUGCAGGUAUUAUGUUUGCGGAGGCUGCACGUUCGGACAAAAGUGCAAAAAUCCACAUAGCCUGACUGUUUCGUACAACGCAAAGCUUUUGAUGAGACACAGUCUUCAUGACUUGACAGAGAAACAGCUGUUCCAGCUGCUGCUGCAGAAUGAUCCUUAUCUGCUUCCUGAGGUAUGCCCACAUUACAACAAGGGAGAUGGCCCAUUUGGCUCCUGCAGAUUCACCACCUCCUGCACAAAGCUGCAUGUCUGCCAGCACUACCUUCAGGGUGACUGCAAGUUUGGCUCAUCAUGUAAGAGAGCCCAUGUUGUUGGUACACAUGAAAUGAAGCUUCUUCGAGGACUCAGUCAGGAAAAUCUUCAAACCCUUCACAAGAUCUACAGGAAUAAAUUUAUAAUCUCAGGUCAACAGGACAGAGUGGCUGCUGUUGUCUCAGUUCCACGGGUGAGAACUGGCACUCCACAUCCUCCUCCUCAGCCUUCCCACAACAACCCUGGAUCUCCCACCAGUUCUACCUGUCCUUCUAAACCCAUAAGUGAUGCUGAAAGGAAUGAAAUCUGCCUCUUCUUCAUUCGCAGACACUGCAGCUUCAAAGAGAAAUGUGCUCGUGUCCACUGGCACCUGCCUUACAGAUGGCAGGUUUUAGACCAAGAUGGUGCCACUUGGAAAGACUUGCAGAAUAUGGAAGAGAUAGAGAAGGCAUACUGUGACCCAGCUCAUGACACAAGCUGCAUGGAUCUUUCCUCACCCACCAAAGGGAUUUUUGCGUUUCUGACUUUUCAAAGUUCUGCAUCCAGCACUGAAAGUUAUGUUGACUUUAAGACAAUGACAUAUGGAGGGUCUCAAGUUCGCCGCUUGUCCACUGCCUCCUCUGUCUCAAAGCCCCCCCACUUCAUUCUGACAACACAGUGGGUGUGGUACUGGAAGGAAGACGGUGGGAAAUGGCUGGAGUAUGGUCAGAGUGAUGAUGACUCAGUCUCCUCCCAGACUCUGGAGAAUGUGUACCUGGCAGACAGGGAUACAGAGAUUCCUUUCCAAACUGGCAAACAACAGUAUGUUCUCCACUUUAAAGAUGAAACAGGAGCCCAGAAGAUGUAUCAGCAAAAUAUAAAGUACAAAACAAAGAGGGAGGUCCGAAGGAGGCCUCGCUUUGUGUCUUCUCAUGAUGUGGAGAUGAAGUUGAAGAGCCCAUCGUCUCAAGGCGCCAGCUCUUCCACAGCUGAAAGUGUCCCAUCAAACUGGGACAUGAAAGUUCUGCCCGAAUUUGGAUUCAAGCGCGUGCUACUCUCCAAACCGGGAGAUUAUGAUAUGAUCGAGAUGCUGUUCAAGCGCACCAUGCCUCAAAGUAGAAUUACAAGCAUCGAGAGGAUCCAGAACCCGUCCUUGUGGAAAGUCUUUCAGUGGCAAAAGGAUCAGAUGCAGAUGAGGAAUGGAGGGAAACUUGUGGAUCAGAAGUACUUGUUCCACGGGACAAAUGAGUCCUUGAUUGACCCCAUAUGUGAACAAAACUUCGACUGGAGGGUGUGUGGUGCCCAUGGAACGGCCUAUGGGAAAGGGAGCUACUUUGCCCGAGAUGCAUCCUACUCAGACAGAUAUUCCAGGGCUGGAGGCAGCCUGAACAAGAUCAUGUUUGUUGCCCUGGUCUUGGUGGGGGAGUACACAAAGGGAAGUAGCAGCUACGUCCGACCUCCAUCAAAAGGAAACAGCCGAACUUUCUACGACAGCUGUGUUGACAAUGUGAGCGACCCCAGCAUAUAUGUUGUCUUUGAAAAACAGCAGAUUUAUCCAGAGUAUCUUAUCAAAUACAUAUAAGUCAGGCUACUGUUUUUGUCAGUGUUUUAUCUGACUGCAGUGGUCAUGAAAUGUGGGAAUUAGUUCUGUUUUUGAAUUGGUUCAUAUAUAUCAUAUUCUAAUGUUAAUUCAGGUUUAUCUUUAAAGUUCAUUGUAUUAUCUUUCUGUUCCCAUUUUGCACUUGGUCUUCUGUUGCUGAUUGCUACACCUGCUCCUUGUUUAGUAAUUAACUUGCUCUGUACAUGCUGUACCUUUCUAUUGCUCCUUGCAAAACCUCAUCUACCCUGUCUUGUAUUUGGGUUUUUUGGGCCUUAUUGCAUAAAAAAUAUUUUAAUGCAAAACAUGAGUGCAUUCCAGUUGUUCCUUCUCAUCGUUACAUGGUAAAUGAAAAAUGUUCUAACUUUAUCAGAGAUGUAUAAAGAAAUAAUGUUACUGUAAUUUGAGAUUGGGGUUAUUUCUACUGCUCUUUGAUUUUGAGUGAAGACAAAGCAUCAUAUUUUAUUAUCUGAACUUAUGUUUAAGAACUUGGAUCUGUAUUGUACUGAAACAAAAGUAAAAGAAGGUUGAAACUGGACCCUGAGAUUGUGUCAGAUACUUUUUUCUGCACAGAGAAGCAAUAGUUUUUUCAUGACAAAUGUACGUGUCUCUUGUCUUCAAUGCGAAAACCGGGAAUGUUUAGGGCAAAACGAACAAGUGUGUGUGUAUAUAUGUAUAUGUUUACGGGUGGCUGCUAAAUAAACAUUUCAAAAGACAAA